UGUGUGUGUGAUGCGUGUGUACUGUGUGUGUGCUACCAGCUGCCCCGAAUUGUGCAACACGGCGCGCUGCCCCCUGCUGCCCCCCUCGGGCUGCCUCCAGGGGGAGGUGUGGGACCCGUGUGGCUGCUGCCAUCAGUGCGGCCUCCCCGAGGGGACCCUGUGCCUCCCAGCGGCCCGGGACCCCUGCGGAAGGGGCCUCGUGUGCAGGGCCGGCUCGUCGCGGCGUGUUGGGCGUAGCGCUGGUGGUGGGGGUGCACGGCCCCCCCGAGCGUGGUGCGUGUGUGCGGCAGCCCCCCACUCGGCAGUGUGUGGCAGCGACGGCGUGACGUACCGCAGCGAGUGCGCGCUCUUCGCGGCGCGCUCGCACAGCGCCCACCAGGGACUCCCUUCCAUCAUUGCGCUCCAGCGGGGGGCCUGCGACCCAGACCCCGGUGAUGCCGGAGCCCAACCACAGCGUGAGAGCCGGCGGGCGCGCUACAACUUCAUCGCGGACGUGGUGCAGCGCGCCGCGCCCGCCGUGGUGCACAUCGAGAUCUUCAAGAGCCCGCCCUCGUACGCGCGCGCGGCCCCCGUGUCGAGCGGCUCGGGGUUCCUUGUCUCGGACGAGGGACUCAUCGUCACCAACGCGCACGUGGUGGGGGGCGGGGGUGCCACGCGCGUCGUCAUGGUGACGCUGCGUGGAGGCCGCUCGUACGAGGCCGAGGUCACGGACGUGGACACCAAGGUGGACAUCGCAACGAUCCGCAUCCACCCGCAGCACCCGCUGGCCGUCCUGCAGCUGGGCCGCUCGAGCGAGCUGCGGCCUGGUGAGUUUGUGGUAGCCAUCGGCAGCCCCUUCGCUCUGCAGAACACCGUGACCACGGGGAUUGUGAGCACUGCGCAGCGUGGGGGCCGCGAGCUGGGCCUGCAUGACUCCGACCUCGACUACAUCCAGACCGACGCCAUCAUCAACUACGGUAAUUCUGGAGGGCCGCUCGUCAACCUGGAUGGCGAGGUGAUUGGCAUCAAUGCGCUCAAGGUUGCUGCUGGGAUCUCGUUUGCGAUCCCCUCUGACCGCAUUCGCCUCUUCCUCUCCGAGUCGCACCACCGGCAGACCAGAGAGAAGAACGAGAUGAAGCGACGAUACAUCGGCAUCAGCAUGCUGACGCUCACCACGAGUUUGAUUAAGGAGCUCCGGCUCCGGUUCCGGGAUUUCCCGGAUGUCUCCGGCGGGAUCUACGUACACGAGGUCAUCCCGGGCUCACCCGCUGCCAGCGCUGGGGUGAGAAACGGUGACGUGGUAGUGGCUGUGGACGGCCGAGUAGCCACGCGCACAACGUCACUGCAGGAGGCGGUGCAGAGGGAGGAGAAGCUGCUUCUACUCGUACGGCGCGGCCAGGAGGAGAUCCUCCUCACAGUCACGCCCGACAUCGUCACGUAGAGCGAGCUCACCUUCACCCCUACGUCGUCACGUAGAGCGAGCUCACCUUCACCCCUACGUCGUCACGUAGAGCUCACCCUCACACCCCACCCUCACCCCCAAAAUCGUCACACAGAGCUCCUCCUCACCCUCAGGCUCACCAUCGUCACACAGAGCUCUUCCUCAUCCUCACCCCCCAUGGUCACGUAGAGCUCCUCACCGUCACGCCCAACAUCCUCACACUGAGCUCCUCCUCACCUUUACCCGCGUCACACAGAGCUCCUCUUCACCCUUACCCCCACAUCGACAGAGCUCCUCCUCACCCCCACAUUGACACACAGGGCUCCUGCCGUCUUCUCCAACACUGUCAGCGAGAGUGCCUCGCCACGAGUUACAUUGACCACCGAUCAAACACAUCAACCUUUGCCGGUUCGUUUGCAACAAGCACCAGUCCGCUCCGACCUAUCCACAUGAGCAUUGCCCAGCCUCACUGGUCCCGAAUCGACGCUGUCCAGGAUCCCACGGCACCGUCUCUCCGCGGUCGGUCUCCGGACCAACGACCUGGAACCGGUCACCGCUGGCAGAUGUUCGCCAUCUACCCUUGUGUCCGAGCCAGUUUGGCAGCAGCCUCAUAACGGUGUUGUUCAUUCAAAUAGCUUACUCUGUGUGUGUUCGUGAUUAACUGGACUUGAUACCAAGUGUUCGGACUUACACCUCAACUUCACUCACACCUCCUUACUUAGACAAGACAAAGAUCCCCCGUAUAGCCUUAACGGACAUUUGGGACAAGUGCUGGUCGCGAGAAGCACCUAUGAAGGCCGGCAUGGCACACGA